AUGUUCCGGAAAGACAGAAAGCGACAGAGCAGUAGCAGCUCCCAGAAUAGUGAAAUCAGUACUAAGAGCAAGUCUGUAGAUUCCAACCUUGGAGGGCUUUCUCGAUCCAGCACUGUGGCAAGCCUUGAUAUUGAUUCCACCCAGAGCUCAGUACAAAGCAACAGUCAUUCAGAUACCUGUGCAGAAUUUCGAAUAAAGUAUGUUGGUGCCAUUGAGAAACUGAAGCUGUCUGAGGGGAAAAGUCUUGAAGGGCGACUAGACCUGAUGAAUUAUAUAGAUGUCACCCAGCAAGAUGGAAAGUUGUCUUUUGUUCCUCUGGAGGAAGAAUUUAUUAUGGUUGUUUAUAAGUAUGGUAUAAAAGUAUCCACAUCAGAUCACCUGGAACAAGCACAGGCAAUCUGCAAAGUUUUAUCCACUGCAUUUGACUCUGUAUUGUCACCUGAGAAACCUUGA